AAAGCAAAGUCAGAUUGGGAGCUUUUCAAAUAGUUUUUGCAUUAUCGUUAUGAUUAGGAAAGGGUACAAUAACCGUUCCAAAUCUGUUUGUUCCGCUCCUGCAGAAGAAAAGAGUAGUAAUAACGAAAGAAAAAAUUCCAUGAUAGCAAAAUGUGUCAGUAAAAAGUCAGUAAAAUUUCCUGGAGAAUGUAAUCUUGUUACGCGUGUGAUAGAUCCAGUUGAUCCUUGGUUAAACAGACAGUGUUUAUCACCUGCUGAGUUAAUCAAUGUUUAUAAACUUCAAUGUAAUCUCUCUUUGAUCCAACCUUUGUAUAGUGUUAUUUCGCAGUUACAAUCUAUAGAUUUGAGGCAGUCUCUAGAACGGAAACACGUUUUUAAUCUUAAGGGUUGUCAACUUAACGGUGGACAUAUUGAUAUGUUGGAAUAUGUUUUCAAAUACGUUCAAUUCCAAUACGUAAAUCUGGAAAACUCCAAUCUUGAUGACGAGUCUGUUGAAUCAUUACAUGAAAUUUUGAGUUAUUAUGAAACAUGUACGGGAUUGUGUUUGGCUCGUAACCCUAAUGUUACGUCUACCGGCUGGAUUCCUGUCGCUUUUCUAUUUCGAGAAGUGCCGUAUAUGGAAUGGCUUGAUUUAAGAGAAAACAACUUGGGUUUAACUUUUGUACAAAUAUUAUCAUCAUCACUUCGUAUAUCACGAAAAGAAUUUAAACCAAAACAGUUUACAAAAGAAAGUUUUGAUAGAAAUUGUAAUCGUCUCUCCGAGAAAUUAUCUGAUAAGGAUACUUCUAAAACCUCUAAGAAUGUAUCGAUUUCAGAAUCAAAUUUAAGCUCAUCAAAAACACUGCCUUUUCAUUCACGUGGGUUACAUUUGGGUUGUACAGGUAUUAAUGGGAAAUUAUUACAUAUACUGAUUCCGGGAAUUCGUUUGGGUUGUAUUACUGAUCUUCGAUUACCCGAUAAUGGAAUUACUGGAUCUGAUGCUAAAUUUUUAGUUCCACUGUUACGUUAUAGUUCUCAUCUGAAAUAUCUAGAUCUGAGUAGAAAUCUACUUGGGGACUUGGGUUGUUCAACUAUAUCACAGGCAUUAGCUUCACCUUGUUUUUCAUCCGAAAUUCUCAAUUCAGAUGAAAAUCAACGCGGUUUAAUCCGAUUGUUUCUAUCAGAAAAUAUGAUAACCAGAUCAAGUAUGAAUAAAUUGGCAACUGGACUAAUACGCUGCACACGUUUAACAACGUUACAAUUAUCUGGGAAUUUAAAUAUUGGCUCUUCCGGUUUAUUUGAUUUGAAGUCAAGUCUUAUCAGUUGUCCAUGUUUAAAACGUUUGGGUAUUGCAUUUUGUGGUAUUGAUCAUGAUGGUGCAGCAUGCAUUACAGAAAUAUUAAUAAAAACAACAUCUCGUUUCAAAGUAAUAGAUCUGACAGGAAAUCCUAUUGGGAUAGAAAAUUGUUUAGCAUUAUUAAACUCUUCAGCUUAUUUAGAUGAAAAAGUUAGAAUAAUAGGUUUAGAGUUUCAACCAUCAUCGUUAAUGCAAUAUGCAAGAAAGUUAUCGGAAAAAGAAAAUAAUAGUCUUUUACAUCAGAGUAAUGUUUGCUAUAUGCUCAUAUGAGCGUAAUACGCUUCUCGUUGUUCGUAAAAAAUAGGUUUAGAGUAUGUAAUAAACAAUUUAUCUGUCGUCAGACAGGUUUUCAUGUUCCUGAUACAAAUGAAGUACAUUGAUCUAAAGUUCUAUAUCUGCAUGGAUCAAAAUGAAUGGAAUACUCAGUGUCAACAUCUAGUCUUUAUUAGAUUUCACUGAUUACUUUCGACAUGAACUAGAAUUAACUCAUUUAACCCAUUUUAUAAAUAAAUUUCAAGCUGAGCAUAUCGGUUAAUGUUGAUUCUCUUGGUAAUUAACACAAAAAUUACUUUGCAGUCACCGAAAUAUAAAUCACUCCUGACCUGGUAUUGCUACUAUGUACAAAGCAAAACAGAAUAGGGCUAAUGCCUCAAAAUACAUCAACUCUGAAUUGUUCAUCGGGGUGUUAAAGAUUAUUGAUUGAUCCCCUCUUCAUGACCAUCUAAUAAAUAAAUGUUUUUAAACGAGAUCAUGAACCGUUCAAUGCUAGGCCAUCGUUCGAAAUCUGGGAGCACUGAACGGCCGUUUGUCCUAGUAUGGGACUCCUCAGUAGUAGGCACCCACGAUCUCUCGCACGGGACUUGAACCUAUGACUUUUGGUCUCGCGCGUAAACGUUUAACUUUUGGGCUUUGAGCCGGUAUCCGCCGCUAUUACUGUCUAACAUCAGCUGGUCUACGAUAUUAAGCGGCUAUCCUAACUUGUCUUCAGUGAUUAACUGCCUUACACCCGACACAAAUUAGCUUAACUUAAUACGGCUUCUCACUAGAAUUCCGAGAAAUGCAUAUCAAAGUCAGUCAUUAGCGGACGCAUGAUAAUUAUCAGUAAAGAGUUGUUGAGAUGUGGAUGCCCACUGUUGAGGAGUCCCGUACUAGGACGAAACAGUCUUCCUGUGCUUCCAGGUUUUCAAUGAUGGUUUAACAUUGGUCGGUCCAUGAUCUCAAAGCUCACCACAACCCUAUAGUAAAAAUAAAUAUCCCAUAAAUAACCGUCUUAUUCUUCUCAAGUCAAUAAAUUGUGUCUCGUAUGGAGCUUUGGGAACUAACACAAUUAAACUACUUUUCAGCAACCAGAUUGUAUGCCAAGUAGGGAAUUCUUUAGUUUUUAGUUUAAUAUAUGCCAGUUGUCAGUGUUAAUAGCUACAGUUGAUAUAUAGUACCUAAAGCGGAUUAUUUCGGUAUUCCCUUUCAGUUACAAGUUUCAGCAACUCUGGUUUACUACUUAAUGUGAAGAGCAACAAGAAAAUGUAAAUAAAUCCUAGGAACGAGCUCGAAUAAGGAUGAGAAUGAUGUUCUGAACCUUACUGCUAGUUGUACACAUCACUCAAAUUUCUCUAUUUUAAUAUAACGAUGACCCUCAGAUCCUCGGAAUAUUUUUUUCAUCAACAGUAUAAAUAUGUCUCAAAGGACGUUAAACUUUACUCUGGAAUAUUUUUUUUAAACUAUCUACUCAUUUUCUUCACUACCAGUACUGAAAUUAUAAGAUCAUUGCUAAUGAUAGAUAUUUGAAUAUAUCUUAGAUAGCACAUCAAUAAUUACCAUAAUAAGUCAACAUUUAAAAUAUUUGCAGUAAUUCAUCCGUAGUGAUCACUGCUAUAAGUAACCCGUUUGAUAGCUUUAGAGUUAUUAUACCUGUUUUUAUCCGUACUUUAUUCGUAGUACUUUGUAAUUCUACUUGCUGACAACAAGGGUUUACUAAAGAAAUUUAUAUAUUAAAAUCCCUUUUACUUAGAAAAUUGUAUAACAAUGCCUACGGUUACGGUAAAAAUGGUCCCAAAUGAUGUUUUAUGUAUUCAGUAGCACAAUCAUUUUUACUCUGUAAUCGAUUCUUCAACUGCUAUAACUGUGACGGCAGAUUUCUGGGUAGCGAAUUAUCGAUCGGACCAAAGACACGCAAACACGUAGAACGGUCUAGGGUUCUGAUUGGUCGCGCUUCCUUGUCUAGCCCAGCAGUUGAGCCUAGAACGCAAGUCACAGCCUCGGAUAUAUGAAUCAUUAUAUUUCAAACAUACUUUGUUUAUAUACCAGUCAAGCAGACCACAACGUACCAUAAAAUAGGGAAUAACAUUGUACAAUAUUAACCAGUAGGAAAAUGACAUGUGAAACAAGUACUGACCAAUAAGUAAAUAAUACCAUCUCCAAGUCCAAGAAUAGCAUUAGACUUAAUAGGAUAAUUUCUGGGAUAUUUUCCUGAAUAUCCCAACAUCAACUUACAUUGGUUUCCUAAAUGCUAGGAAAAGUAAAUUGCUACAUACCUAUCAUAAGUUGGGAAUCAUGUAUGGUUUCCAAUUCAUUUGAAUAUAGAAAACUGAACUAUUUAAGCUCAACUCUGAGUUUGAUCAGCUAUUAUCCAAGUAUUUUUCCGUUUUAGUCCGGUCAUACAAGCUAUAAAUCAUUUACACUACGUAUAUUUAAUGUAGAUUUUGGUUUAAUUGAUUGAUUAAUUAAUUAAUUAAUCUCUUAGAACUGAAUUUAGAAAUCGAUAUAUCCAUUAAUGGAACUACACUUUAUGUUCUGUAAACAGAGUAUUUUCUUUGCAUAAUGGUUUUUCCGACUGUUUUUUAUUCCGAUGUCAGGAUAAUUCACAGGUUCAAAGUGAUGGACUGAAUCCAGAUAGAGAUUAUCAACGGCCUAAGCAUAAGAAUCGGAGACAUUCUCAGAUUAGUUCUUCGAAACAUUCAAUUUAUGGAAAAAGUAAAUUCACUUCCUUACCUACAAUUGACUACAAACAUAAACCACAUUCAGAACUUAAUCCGAAAUAUUUGUGGGGUGACAGUUCAGACGAUGAAGACAGAGUGAAUGAUUCUGAUGAUAACAGUGUAUCUGUAAUUACAAAAACAAAUAGAAAUUACCUUUCAGAACAAAACUACAAACAAACUAGCGAAAACGAAUGGACAAAACACCAUUCUAUUAGUUGAACUGUAUACAUAUUUUCAUGAGAUUCAAAUAUUUUAUGGAAAAUUCCUCUCGCUGUCUUCAGUCUUAACUUGAUUGUUAGAUGUAUACAAAUGUAUCAAAUAACCUUGAAUAAUGUAAAUUACACAGCCCUUACUGUGUACUUACAUCACUGAUGUAAAGUCGUCAGAUUUCUAUCAACAGUCUUUUGUAAUUAAUAUAUGUAUUUUUCCACU